UAUCUUGGAGCCGCUGCUAAGCUUCAGUUCCCUCUACCAGCAUCGACCCCCCUCUCCCAUUCCAUUCCAAGCAAUCGCUAGAUCCUCUCUUACCAUGGCGACAACCUCCGAUGCCGCUGCUGGUAUUAGAGCCCGACAGACUCGACGAGCUUUACCCAUCAUUCCAGCAAUUCCUCACAAGCUGUCCCGCCCACAGCGAGCUGCGCGCCCCAUCACCCCGGAUGAGAAUCCUGGCGAGACCGUGAACAAGCAAGAUGCGCGUGCGACUACUCCCCAGCCCAUUGGGAACGGCUCCAACCGACGAAACGCUCCCGACCCUCUGACACCGGACACCCAAGUCUCUGGCGCACAACACGAAAGUGUCGAGAACAGGCUACCCGCAAGCUCUGAGGCGACAUCUGCAGGUGCGACUGCCGUUGAGGUCCCCGAUGCCCAAGAAAUGAACCUUGGAGCAGACACCACAGCCGGCGCGCAGUCUACGAAGCAAGAGCAGGUUUCUCGUCAAGACACUGUCAAUGGGGCUUCUGCAGGCGCUGCUAUAUCUGACCAGCUCCCGGCUGCCUUCUAUCCCGCCGAUCAACGACGUGUAUCGAUCAACGGACAUGACGCCAAUCAACAGGCCCACCCAUUCACCACUCCAUUGCAUGUCCAGCAACCCGGUGUCGACGGUAUCGUUUUUGGUGCUACGAAUGCCUCUCCAGCGGUACCCGUCACUCCGCAAGACAUUGAGCAGGAUAUGCAUAACCAUUUCCAGCCAACGCAUCGCCAGCCACCUGGUCUCAUGCACCCGGAAUUCGCGAGUCAAUUCUAUCCCGGCCACGCCCACCACCACUCGCGCUCCCAGGCGCCCUGGAUUCCCCCGGCAGCGACUGCAGCAUCCCUGGAUCCACCUUACAUCAAUGGUAGAGGCUUGCAACCCCCUCAAUUCAAUGUGCAGACCCCCUUCGAUGCGCAUCUUGUACCUUCAUUCUCACCUGGAGGGGCACCAGCGACCGCCAGCCACGCCGCUACCCCUCGCUCACAAUCACCUCUGAAGCCGCUCUACCAAGGAACUCAACCACCUUCAGAACAUGAAGACGAUCGAGGAUUUGCCCCCUAUCAUGCCGGGCCUGGCAUGCAGUCGUUUGUACCUCCGAAACUGGAUAUGCCUUUCGAGCUUCUGGCAUACCUCAACUCUCAACUGGGGAAUCCAAAGUACGCAGAUGCUGUUUUGCGUGUCCGUUCCCCUACUACCACCCUGUUGGAACUUCCAGUGCAUAGCCUCAUUGUUGCUCGCAGCCCAGCGAUUGCCUUCUCCAUUGAACGUGGUCGCGCCGAAACUACCCGCAAUGACCACUCCUUGGUGCAGCUCGAUGUUUUCACACAGGACAAAUACAUCACCUCGGAAGCAGUCGACGAAGCGAUCAGAAUACUCUAUGGUGCUCCUUUGUUCACCGUGGAGGGAUAUUGUUACGGUUUGGCUCCUUUCUUCCUCGGGGAUGAAGAAGGCCCGAAUUCGCGCGAGGCACUAAAGCGCAUGGCUGGAGCUAUAAGCUACGCAGCGACGGGAAAGCUGUUUGGGCUUCGGAACAUGCAUAGUCGCGGCUUGGAGCUGAUUCGAGCGCUCUUGCGAUGGGACACGGUUGAGUUGGCGCUGGAGUAUGGUCUUAGGGAAAGCAUCUACUCUCGAUCUCGGGAUGAAAUUGCUCAAGGUGCACGAAGUCCCGUGGAAUUUGACGCCACCAACUUUGUGGAACGCGAUUGUGUGGACUUCCUGGCUUACGAUCUCUCUCCCAGCUUCAACUUUUUCAGUGUGGCUCCAGAAAUGCAGAACUGUCCCCGCCUGCCUCAUGUCGUCGAGUCGAAACAGGCGUCGCACAACCCACGGUUAAGCGGUAUUCGAUUUGGGGACGUGCCGCCCGAAGACCUCAAUCCCGAUCUCAUCACUCGAACCCUUUCUACCAUCUUGCUCUCGUUACCGAUUGCUCUAUUGGAUGGGUUAUUCAAGCGUCCAGUCGUCGUCAACCAACUCGGCUGGCCCAGGAUUGAGAAGCUCAUGCACGAGGUCGUAACUGAGCGAGAGGAUCGCCGUAGGAAAGUCCUGCACAGUUGGUUCCGCCAGGUACCCGACAAAAGUAGCUCUGUUCCACAGCACAUCGUCGACAAUCUCUUCCACGAAGAGCAAGCCAACGGACGAAUGCUUACCGAGCGACGUCAGACCCAUUAGGCGCAAGAAGCAUCCUCUGAAAUUUCGAUCUUUUCUGUGGAGAUAUGGUUAAUUUUACAUUACUAGCUCUGGGGCCAUGGUAGGUUUUUACAAGGAUUUUCGGGUAGGAUCGAUUGUAUUCCAUAUGGUUGGGCGUGCUCGAUAUGAUUGGGGGUUCAGGUAGAGUCCUCUGCGUCAGCAUUGUACACUGCAUAGCGAGCGAAAGGGCGUUGCAUAGGCGUUGGCGACAUUUGGCGAUUGGGUUCCCCAAAAUCCUCACGAUUUCUUUCUUGUGUUCAUUUAUUCUUCCUCUU